UUCAUUGUUAUGUGCGCCAAAUUUCGAGAACUCUCACCACAAGACCGGCACAAGGUAGCAGUAAAUAAGCGCCUCUGCUUUAACUGCUUGGGGCGCCAUAACGUGCGCUCGUGCAAAAGCCAGAGGGGUUGCAAAAAAUGCACGGAGUGCCAUCAUACCAUGCUGCAGGACGCACACCCGACAGCUUCAUCCGCUCAGAAAACCGGUGGUUCGUCGAUCACGCCCUCGAAGUGAAGAGACGGUGCAAUCGUCGAGACUAGCUCACACGUCCGUUCAUCCUGCUCAACGUUACUUGCCACAGCCUUGGAACUGAUCAGCUCAUCCACAACUCAUCAUUCAGCGCGUGUACUCAUUGACGCAGGUUCAGAACUCACCUUCGUCACGGAGAAUCUCAUUCGACAGCUCAACAUCCCUCGUCAAUACUCAAGUAUUGUUGUCACUGGAAUUGGAGGCAAGGAGUGUACUCAGACACGAGGAGUCGUGUCACUUACUUUACGCUCGACACAUUCCAACUCAACUGCCACCGUUCAAGCUCAUGUCCUCAGUAGCGGGAUUCUGUAACUCAUUAACGACGAAUAUCGCUGUCGUUAACUAUCGAUGUCGAUGAUUAUCGCUAAAUGUUAUUCUGCAACUACCAAUUAUCGACAAAUCUCGAUAAUUGAAAUCGUUAAAAUUCGAAAAGUGUCGAAGCCGUAUUGAUACUUUUGCGAUCGAUACCGGAGGUCUCGCUAAGCCGUUAACGAUAGUUUGUGAUAAGUGUGUAUGAAAUAUAUGCAUACGUGUAAGGUACGGUAAACGGUAAUACGGAUUAAAAGAUGGCUCUCGGCUAUCUUGCGUUAGAUUUAAUGGAUAUGGAAGAUCGUAUCCAACACCUUGAACGAAGGGCACGACAAGUGCUGCGAAUAACAGAAGAUCCGUUUGAUUUGACGCACAACGAAUUUAGAGAGCUGUACCGCCUAACACCGGAUUUAAUGUUUGAUCUUGUCGAUAUGUUAGAACCUCGUUUGCAGAGGACAAGGAUUACCGGGCUGUCGACAGAAAAGCAAAUAUUAGCGGCAGUGAGAUUUUACGCAACCGGCUGCUUUCAAUGCCCUGUGGGUGAGCAGUGGGUGUUUCGUAUUACUACUACACCGCUCGAUGAUUCAAAGGGGGCCCAUAAGCGCCCUUUUACUCUUGCGCACAUUGUCAUGCCCAACGGUAGCAGUGCCACGCGCGUUCUUUUUGGGGCACUAUUGUAAAAUGGCCAGUUGGCCACAGUUGGCGAAUAAAACCCUUAGAGUCCACACGUGUCCUUUUAGUUACCGCAUCCCACGAGAAAUCCAGCAAAACUAUAUACAUAAAUUGGUCCUUCGAGCCGGAUUACGGUGAUAAGAAUAGGCGAAGCAAACGCCACAAGCAAAUUUUGAGGCAUCCAGUGUCGCGAAAAGCCAAAAUCGCGAAGAGGAAUUCAACGGCGAUCGGCACCAAAGCUCGAUCGCAUGUCGCUUCAAGGUCAAGCAAGACCAUCUGCGAGCAAAGCAGUCGCGGACUAAAAGACAAAGCCAAAGUACAAGAAAAGUGUGGGCACACGCCAACCAGAACAAACGGCGAGCUGAAGCACACAAGCACAAGCUCGUCAAGCAGCGUGGCAAGCGCAACGGAAAACGCCAUAUUGGCGACAAAGGCCAAGCGGUCGGCGAUCGAGGACGCGCCAGGCAACGGUGCGGCGAGGCAGCCAAGCGGUCGACGAUCGAGGACGCGCCAAGCAACGGUGCGGUCGAGGCAGCCAAGCGGUCGGCGAUCGAGGACGCGCCAAGCAACGGUGCGGUGGAGGUAGCCAAGCGGUCGGCGAUCGAGGGCGCGCCAAACGGUGCGGCGGAGGUA